GGUACCACAGUCGCGCAGACGGGAGGAGGGGCUGGUGGGAGAGACGAGGCAUGCGUGUUGCACCCCUCUCUCUUCCGGCCGGAAGGGGAAAUACUCAGCGACUUCCCCCUAGCUUGUGCGCUUGGGUGCCACUGAGUGGGCCGGACACACAUAGUUUGGGGGGAUGGAGAGAGGUAGGACAGUCCUGGGGACUGACAGAAGGAACCCAGGCACUGCUGAGAUUUGUGCUCCCCACCGCUGGUGGCCUCUGAGUUGUGCACGUGGGAUUCUCGGAAUUAUUUGGUCAAAUUUUAAAUCAAGUUGGUGGAAGCAGGGUCAAGUGAUGCUAACCUCCAGUUAUCAGUCCCCAACAACUCCUAAAAUGUCUAACCGUGUCCUCUUUCUAUUUUGGAACAGACCUGCUGGCAGGGAGUCCCCCAGCCUUUCCAUGUGGACGUGCGCCCCAUUUUCUUCCUGACUUCCCUUCUCCCUGCCUCCUGACACUCAGUGUGUUUUGGUAGCGAGCAUUAGGUCUAAAGUACAAGAUGUUUUCCCUUUUAAUCGUAAAAAACUUAAAUGUCACUGGGCUUUUGGAAGGCAAAACACUUUCAGGAGAAAAAGCAAAUCUAAAUCCUUCAAGGAUUAUUCUUAAAACUAGACUGAAUUAUGUUGGACAAAUUACAGACUCUAUGAAUCAGACAUUCUCUAGGAUGUGCUUGUAGGUGAUCCCAGGGUUAGGGGUUGUGCUUGUAGGGGUUGGGGGGCGCUAAAUCCCCCCUCCCAUCCCUGCUCUUCUAUGCCGUCUGGGCUGAGGAAGCUUUCCCACAAGGAUGGAAACCCAUUGGGCAGCAGUUUGAUGUCAGCCACACCCCCCACUGCAAGGAUUCUCCAGUGACACUGCUAAUAGACGGCAUCCAGUUCUGGAAGCCACAGGCAAACUACUACUCCCUAAAAUCUGGAGUGGAGGAGGCAGCCAGCCAGCCACCUCUACGGACAGUGAGAACUUGAGGGGACACAGACCUGCCCUGGGCAAGAAUGGGAAGAGCCCCUGCACCUGGGCAGUUUCUCCCCUCCCUACCCCAACCUUAGGAGUGAGAGAAGAGCCCGGUACAGUAACCCCACCCAUGACCGAUGGGGGUGUGCAAUAGUCAGGAAGAUGAGGGCUGGAAAGGAGAGAGAUUUAAGGUGGUGUGCCCACCUCGAAUUUCCCUGCAGUCUUGUCUGCAAACGCAGGUACGGGUGAGACAUUUUGUGAGCAGUUUGAGGCUGAGAGCUCAUAGUCACCGCUGCUUGACUGUACCACGGCCAACACUGGGCCAACAUAUUCUAUCAGCAUGACAACUGCAGCUGGAUGCUGAGUACAAUGAACAAGAGGUGGAGAACAGCUCUGCAUUUCUGUCCAACUAGUCAGCGUUCCAUUGUCAAGUAAAAGGAAGAUAUAUUGGAGCUUGACAGAUAAAGGAAGAAGAUGGUUCAUUCUGAAGUGGAAAUCAGAGGGCCUGAUUCAGCUUCAGCAUCCAAGCAUCCGUUACUAAAUGGAGAUGAUGAUAUGGCGAAGACAAAUCAGAAAACAAGCAUCGAAAACAACCUGUGUAGCCAGUACGAGGAGAAAGUGCGCCCUUGCAUUGACCUCAUUGACUCCCUGCGGGCCCUGGGCGUAGAGCAGGACCUGGCCCUGCCUGCCAUCGCUGUCAUAGGAGACCAGAGCUCGGGCAAGAGCUCUGUGCUGGAGGCUCUGUCAGGGGUUGCCCUUCCCAGAGGCAGCGGUAUUGUGACAAGAUGUCCUCUGGUGCUGAAACUGAAAAGACUUAUGAAUGAAGAUGAAUGGAAAGGCAAAAUCAAUUACCGCGAUAUCGACACUGAGAUUUCAGAGGCUUCAAAGGUGGAAGAGGAAGUCAGAAAAGCCCAGAAUUUCAUCGCUGGGGAAGGAAUGGGAAUCAGUCAUGAACUAAUCACUCUGGAGAUCAGCUCCUCUUAUGUCCCAGAUCUGACCCUGAUAGACCUUCCUGGGAUCGCCAGAGUGGCUAUGGGCAAUCAGCCAGCCGACAUCGGACGUCAGAUCAAGGCCCUCAUCAAGAAGUACAUCAGCAAGCAGGAGACGAUCAACUUGGUGGUGGUCCCCUGUAAUGUGGACAUCGCCACCACGGAGGCGCUGAGCAUGGCUCAGGAGGUGGACCCCGAAGGAGACAGGACCAUCGGAAUCUUGACAAAGCCUGACCUCGUGGACAGAGGCACUGAAGAGCAGGUAGUGGACGUGGUACAAAACCUCGUCUACCACCUGAAGAAGGGCUAUAUGAUGGUCAAGUGCCGGGGCCAGCAGGACAUCCAGGACCGGCUGAGCCUGGCUGAGGCUCUGCAGAGAGAGAAGGCCUUCUUUGAGGACCACCCACAUUUCAGUGGUCUUCUGGAGGAAGGAAAGGCCUCGGUCCCCUGCCUGGCGGAGAGACUGACCAGUGAACUCAUCACGCACAUCUGUAAAUCUCUGCCCCUGUUGGAAAAUCAAAUAAAGGAAAGUUACGAGAAAUUAUCAGAGGAGCUACAAAAGUGUGGCACCGACAUACCAGAAGAUGAAACUGAAAAGAUGUUCUUCCUGAUAGAGAAAAUUACUGCGUUUAAUCAGGACAUCACCUCCUUAGUACAAGGGGAGGAAAUUGUAGGACAGAAUGACACUCGGCUGUUUAACAAAAUCCGAAAGGAGUUCCAGAAAUGGAGCACUGUGAUUGAAAAAACUUUCCAAAAGGGUGAUUCAGAUAUCCGCAAACAAAUCAGGACAUUUGAAAAUCAGCAUCGUGGCAGAGAGCUGCCAGGAUUUGUGAAUUAUAGGACGUUUGAGAUGAUCAUAAAACAGCAGAUCGAGAAGCUAGAAGAGCCAGCAAUUGAUAUGUUGCACAGGGUAACUGAUCUGGUCCGGACUACCUUCACAGACGUUUCAAAAAAAAAUUUUGAUGAAUUUUUCAACCUCCACAGAACCACUAAGUCCAAACUUGAAGACAUUAAAAUAGAAAAAGAAAGUGAAGCUGAGAAGUUGAUCCGACUUCACUUCCAAAUGGAACAGAUCAUCUACUGCCAAGACCAAGUUUACCGUGGUACGUUAAAGAAGAUCAGAGAGAUGGAAUCCGAGGAAGAAAAGAAGAAAAAAGGAAACCAUGCAUACUUGGAAGGCACUGAUGAAGAUUCCUCCAUGGCCGAAAUCUUACAGCACCUGAACGCCUACCAGAAGGAGGCCAGCAACCGCCUUUCCACCCACAUCCCUUUGAUCAUCCAGUUCUUCGUCCUCCAAACAUAUGGCCAGCAGCUGCAGAAGUGCAUGCUGCAGCUGCUGCAGGAGAAGGACACCUACGACUGGCUCCUGAAGGAGCGCAGCGACACCAGCGAUAAGAGGAAGUUCCUGAAGGAGCGGCUUGCGCGGCUGACCCAGGCUCGGCGCCGGUUAGCCAAAUUCCCCGGUUAAAUCGGGCUCUCUGUCCCCGCCUCGCGUCUCCACGCACGUCUUCAGGGAGCGGAGGUACAGCGUCUUUCCCUGGCAGCCAUGCCGUGGUUAGUUCCCCGUUGGCAGAUACUCGAGUGGUUAGCAGUCAGACUUUGCGGUCCCUGUCUGUGCUUGUCGGUUAGUGGGCAAGGAUGCAGUAAGAAGUUGUGAUGAGCUAUUUGGUUUCAAGCGUUGAGACUAAAGCCCCGCCCUCCUGUAGCAUAUGAUUUAGAUUGGAGGAGCGAUGCCAUUUUCCUGGUUAGGAGGAAUGAUUUUCUACCCUCUGGAUUGUUCCUCCUCCCCAAACUCUCUCCAUCUCUUUAUCAGAGACAGAUGUAUGCGAAGCAUCAUAGAACAGUUAUUUUCUGUUUUUUUGGAAUGUAUUUUCACUUGCCCAAUGUUUUAGGAGCAUUAAUGCCACUUGUGUGAAUGCUUGUAAAAGCCAUAUUACAUCUAUUUGUAAUAAACUUGUUUCUCCUAGA